AAAGAAAAGCAAGAAAGAAGGAUUAGCAUUUGAGUUUUGAGGCGAAGUGAGGAGAACAGAGAAGGAGUAGUGUGGCUGCAAGAGGAGGAGGAGAAGAAGAAGAAGACAACCCUGACAUCACAAACUCACAGAUCUAUUGCUUUCUGCUUCUGUCAAUUCGUUCAUCCAGUUCCGCGGCUCUGUCGUGGUUCACUGUUGGUUCUGUUUCAUGAAAUUGAAACCCUAAUGGCAAGCCAUCAAGGGAAAGUUCCUCCUUCGAAUGGGUCUGUGUAUGUAUGCAACUUGCCUUUUGGCACUGACGAAACCAUGUUGGCCGAGUAUUUUGGCACCAUUGGUUUGAUCAAGAAAGAUAAACGGACCGGGAGGCCUAAAAUAUGGUUAUAUCGAGACAAAGAGACUAAUGAACCAAAGGGAGAUGCGACUGUAACAUAUGAAGAUCCGCAUGCCGCUGUAGCUGCUGUUGAAUGGUUUAACAACAAGGAUUUUCAUGGUAGUACAAUUGGAGUUUUUAUAGCUGAGUCAAAAAACAAAGACGAGCAAGCCUAUAAUUCAGUGGCAGAACCGGCUGUUGCUGGUAAUGUUGGUGGGCUAGAGGAAACUACUAGAGAUGUUAAUGGGGGUAGUGGAAGAGGUAGAGGUCAAAUUGAUUCUUCAGGCAAGGCUUGGCAACAAGAGGGCGAUUGGUUGUGUCCGAAUACUUCUUGCUCUUUUAAUCGCUGUGGAAGUGCUCGUCCAGUUGGUGCUGCUGGUGUUGCUGGGGGUGGUGGUCGUGGCAAGGGACGUGCCAGUCAAGGUCAAGAGUCAGGGGGUGUUGGCCGUCCAGUUACCGGGGGACUCUUUGGGCCGAAUGACUGGCCUUGUCCAAUGUGUGGUAACAUCAAUUGGGCGAAGCGGACUAAAUGCAAUAUUUGCAAUACAAAUAAGCCUGGCCACAAUGAGGGUGGUGUAAGAGGAGGGCGAGGUGGAGGUUACAAAGAGCUGGAUGAAGAAGAAAUUGAGGAAACUAGACGUCGUAGGCGGGAGGCUGAAGAUGAUGGGGAGUUGUAUGAUGAAUUUGGAAAUCUUAAGAAGAAAUUCCGUGCUAAAACACAGCAGGCUGAAGCUGCAAGAGUGCUUCCUGGUUCAGGGCGUGCUGGGUGGGAGGUUGAGGACCUAGGGAUUGACAGGGAUUCCAGAGAAAGAAGUAGAGACAGGGUGAGAGAUCGUAAUGAUGGGGAGAGCAGGAACAGAGAUCGAAAUGAAAAAGAGAGGCCAAGCAGUCGGAUCAGAGAGAGGGACAGGGGAAGGGAUCGUGACUGGGAUUACGAUGAUCGAGAUAGAGAUUAUGGCCGCGAUCGAGACCGGGACCGGGGUAGGCAUCGUCACUAAACUUAGAUUUAGAAGGGCAUUUUUAUGGAUUGGCUAUUAUGAUGAACCUGUGUUGGGUCUUUUUGUGUAAGGAUUCCAAUUGCUUUGAAUCAUAUCCUUUCAUGUGGGGAUUUACAUCAUUUCAUCUGAUGAACGCCCAUUUUACUUGGCAUGUAGCUUUUGUAGAAACUUCGAUAUAUUUUUUAUGUGAUUAGUUGUUAGUUGUUACUUGCAAGGACAA